GCAGAAAUGUCCUUCCUGCCUGACUUGGGGAUCUUCACCAUGGGCAUGUGGUCUGUUGGUCUUGGAGCCGUUGGUGCAGCUGUGACAGGCAUUGUCCUUGCUAACACUGACUUAUUUUUGUCCAAACCAGAAAAAGCUACACUGGAGUUUUUAGAGGAAAUAGAGCUGAAAACUUUGGGAUCAGAACAAAGAACAUUCAAAGCAGGUGAGCUAUGGAAGAAGAAUGGUGCAGUGAUCAUGGCUGUGCGAAGACCUGGAUGAUUUUUGUGCAGAGAGGAGGCUUCUGAGCUCUCCUCUCUGAAACCUCAGCUGUCCAAGCUGGGUGUCCCUCUCUAUGCUGUUGUGAAAGAGAAGAUAGGGAAUGAAGUGGAGAAUUUUCAUCAUUAUUUCAAAGGAGAAAUCUUUCUGGAUGAAAAGAAGGGCUUCUAUGGUCCACGCAAACGAAGAAUGAUGUUGUCAGGCUUCUUGCGCUUUGGGGUCUGGCAAAAUUUCUUCCGUGCUUGGAAAAAUGGAUAUAGUGGUAACCUGGAAGGAGAAGGAUUCACCCUGGGAGGAGUGUAUGUUAUUGGAGCAGGAAGACAGGGUGUUUUACUGGAGCAUCGUGAGAAAGAAUUUGGAGACAAAGUCAGCCUUCCAUCUGUCCUUGAAGCUGCUGAGAAGAUAAAACCAGACGCUUCAUAAGCAGAAAAAUAGUUGUACAUGCUUCUGAUCACAGCUUGAAAUGUAGAAUGCAUCUGUUUCUUGAAUGUGCAGUUUAAUUGCUUCAUAGCUAUUUAGUGAUCAAUGCAGAGGAAAGAUUCUCUAUUCAAACACAGAAAAUAAUGAAAAUUCUCCAGGGUUUUUUCCUGCUUUGCAGCCUUUCAGGUGGUUAGGAUUUCAACUGCUCUUUGGUGUUUGACUAUUAAUGAAAGGCUAGGUCUAAAGUCUGACCUAACCUUGAUGUUCUCAGUCAGAGAAAGACGGUUGAAAACUUGUCUACCUAGGGGAGAAAAACUCUGCUAAGGCUAGA